GGUUCCCAUGGCGCCCUUGGGGGAGUCGCUCCCGGACCGUGCGCGCCCGGGUGACCGUGUCACUGCUUCUCCGCAGCCUGCAGCCAGGUGGGGGUGAAGUGGACCCACGUGGGCCCAAGGCUACUCUCAAGCGCGUGGGACCGGACGUUUCCAGGCCGUGGGAUCCAGGAACCGAGGCAGCAGCUCCGCCCCUGGCCCGAGUCCUGUCCGCGCUCAGGAGGGGCGCACCCCUCCCCACAGGACCCGGUCCCCACGAGAGGCGACAUCCUGCACCUGUCUGGGAGGGACUCGGAUGAGACCUGGGACACCAGGACACGGAGCUGGGAAGCAGAGCGCAGGAGAACCAGUGCCUAUUGCAUCCCUUUCUUGGGUCUGAGGAAGCUGUCCCUGUUUGCAGAACGUGUGCUUGUAUGCAGAGCCUCUUCUCUGCAGGAUGGACAGCAGCAGGGGCCUCCCAGCCAUCGAGAGCCACAGGGACCUCCACGUAUGGAUCAUUGAGAACCUGAAGAUGGUGCUGGUCCCCGAGCGGGCUCAUGGGAGCUUCUUUGAGGAGCACUGCUACAUUGUCCUGCACGUCCCCCAGAACCUGAAGGCCACGCCGGGCGCGCCCAAAGACCUGCACUACUGGGUCGGGAAGGAGGCUGGUGCGGAGGCGCAGGGUGCGGCGGGCUCCUUCAUGCAGCACCUCCGUGAGGCGCUGGGUGGCGCCACCGUGCAGCACCGCGAGGCUCAGGGCCACGAAUCCGCCUGUUUUCGCAGCUGCUUCCGCCCAGGAAUCGUCUACAGGAAGGGCGGCCUGGCCUCCGCCCUCAAGCAUGUGGAGACCAACGUGUACAACAUCCAGCGCCUGCUGCGCGUCAGAGCGGGGAAGCACGUGUCGGCCACCGAGGUGGAGCUCUCCUGGCACAGCUUCAAUAAGAGUGACAUCUUCCUGCUAGACCUGGGCAAGAUGCUCAUCCAGUGGAAUGGGCCCAAGACCAGCGCUGCCGAGAAGGCGCGGGGCCUGGCCCUCACCCGCAGCCUCCAGAACAGAGAGCGUGGUGGUCGUGCACAGAUUGGCGUGGUGGAUGACGAGACCGAAGCCAGUGACCUCAUGCAGAUCAUGAAAGCUGUGCUGGGCUGCAGAGCGGGCAACCUGCACGCCGCCAUGCCCAGCGAGAGUAUUGACCAGCUGCAGAAGGCCAAUGUCCGCCUCUACCAUGUCUACGAGAAGGGCAAGGAUCUGGUGAUCCAGGAGUUAUCAACCUGCCCACUGACCCAAGAUCUGCUGCGGGAGGAGGACUGCUACAUCCUGGACCAGGGUGGUUUCAAGAUCUACGUGUGGCAUGGACGCAUGACCAGCCUCCAGGAGAAAAAGGCUGCCUUCAGUAGGGCUCUGGGCUUCAUCCAGGCCAAGGGCUACCCAAGCUACACCAGCGUGGAGGUGGUGGACGAUGGCGCCGAGUCCGCCGCGUUCAAGCAGCUCUUCCGUUCCUGGUCUGGGGAGCAGCGCAAGAAUAAGAACCUCCGCGGGCUGGGUAAACUGCUUCAGGUGAAGCUGGACGUGGGCAGGCUGCACAGCCAGCCUGAGUUAGCGGCCCAGCUCCGGAUGGUGGACGACGGUUCUGGGAAGGUGGAGGUGUGGUACAUCCAGGGCUUACGCAGGCAGCCCGUGGACCCCAAGCAUCCUGGACAGUUGUAUGCAGGCAACUGCUACCUUGUCCUCUACACAUACCAGAAGAUGGGCCUCAUCCAGUACAUCCUGUACCUGUGGCAGGGCUGCCAGGCCACCACACACGACAUCAAGGCCCUGCAGGGCAACGCUGAGGAGCUGGACCUGCAGUACCGUGGAGCCCUGGUGCAAGCGCACGUGACCAUGGGCAGCGAGCCCCCUCACUUCCUCGCCAUCUUCCAGGGCCAGUUGGUGGUCUUCCAGGGGAGCGCUGAGCACAACGGGAAGGGGCAGCCAGCGUCCGCCACGAGGCUCUUCCACACCCAAGGCACCGACAGCUACAACACCCGGACCCUGGAGGUGCCAGCCCGUGCCUCAGCCCUCAACUCCAACGACGUCUUCCUGCUGGUCACAGCCGGCCUCUGCUACCUCUGGUUUGGGAAGGCCUGCAGUGGUGACCAGCGUGAGAUGGCACGGACAGUGGUCACGGUCAUCUCCAGGAAGGACAAGGAAAUGGUGCUGGAGGGUCAGGAGCCUUCCCACUUCUGGGAGGCCUUGGGGGGCCGGGCGCCCUACCCCAGCAACAAGAGGCUCCCCGAGGAUGUGUCCAACUUCCAGCCACGACUGUUUGAGUGCUCCGGCCAGACGGGUCCCCUGGUCCUCACGGAAGUGGUGUUCUUUAGCCAAGAGGACCUGGACAAGUAUGACGUCAUGUUACUGGACACCUGGCAGGAGAUCUUCCUGUGGCUGGGGGCAGCUGCGAGGGAGCGGACGCAGGAGGCCGUGGCCUGGGGCCGGGAGUACCUGAAGACCCACCCGGCAGGGAGGAGCCUGGCCACGCCCAUCGUGCUGGUCAUGCAGGGCCACGAGCCUCCAACCUUCACUGGAUGGUUCCACACCUGGGACCCCUACAAAUGGACCAACAAUGAGUCAUAUGAAGAGGUGGUGGAAGGCAGCCUGGGAGCCGUACCUGCCAUCUCGGAGAUAACAGCAGAGGUCAACAACUUCCAGCUAUCCAGAUGGCCAGCCCAUGGCAGGGCAGGCCCGCCGGCCCUGUGGGCCCUCAGGGGCUCAGAGGACAGCUCCGAGAAUGAGCUGGAGCUGGGUCCCAAGGCGGGCGGGGGCAAGAGCGCCAGCAGCAGCUGCCACAGCAGCCCCAGACCCACGGUCCGCGGGAGCCUGCCCCGGGAGCAGCUGAUGCACCAGGCUGCUGAGGACCUGCCGGAGGGCGUGGACCCGGCCCACAAGGAGUCCUAUCUCUCAGACUCUGACUUCCAAGAUGUCUUUGGGAAGUCCAAGAAGGAGUUCUACAGCAUGGCCAAGUGGAGGCAGCAGCGGGAGAAGAAGCAGCUCGGCUUCUUCUGAACCCAGGCCCGGCCCCUGCCAGCGCCGUCCUCACGGCCAAGACCGUGGGCACCUCCCCCACACAUAUAUAAGCCCCCGGGGAGGCCCUCCUGGCACUCCCUACUUGGAGACUCCUGGGUCACUAAAAUAAAAGCCUGUGGCCCU